AUGAUGCAACAACAGCAGCAACAGCAGCAACAGCAGCAGUGGCGUGCUGCUAUUCAUCAAUGUCUUGAGGACCUGCAGCAGCAGCAUCAGCAACUGCAGCAGCAGAAGCAACUGCAGCAGGAAAUGCAGCAGCAGCAGCAGCAGCAACAGCUGUCCCCGCAGGAGCUUAAGACACAAUCUAAAUCCAUUAAGCAGCAAAUUGUUUUGCUGCAGCAGCAGCAGCAGCAACUGCAGCAAGCAGAGGCGCAGCUAGGAGGAGUUAUCAGCAUAGCUGCAAGGAAGCUACAGCAGCAGCAGCACCAGCAGCACGAACAGCAGCAGCAGCAGCAGCAGCAGCAACUAGUACAUGUGCUGCAGCAGCUUCAUAGACAGGCCUCAGCAGUUUGCUGCUGCAUCGACACUUUGCUUCGGCUUCCUUUUGCUGCUGCUGCUGCAGCACAAGAUGUUGCUGCUGCUGCUGCAACAACACUGCAGCUGUUUGCAGCAGCAGGAAAGUACCACAUUGAAGAACCUGCAGCAGCAGCAGCAGCAGCAACAGCUGCUGCUGCUGCUGCUCUCCAGCAGCAACAGCAACUGCUGCAGCGGCUUCCUGUCCUCUUAGGACGACUGAUUGAGGCCUGCCUACCAACCAGCAGCAACAGCAGCAACGGCAGCACCAGCAGCAGCACCAACAGCAGCAGCAGCACGAAUAGCAACAGCAGCAACAGCAGCAAGACUGAAGAGGAGAGAAGGGCGCUUGUUGCUGCUGCUGCUAAGGCAGCAGCAGCACUUCUUUUGCUGCAGCAUCGCGUUGUUGCUGCUGCUGCUGCACGCCAACUAGUACCAGCAGCGCAGCAGCAGCAGCAGCAGCAGCAGGUAGAUUCAGGAGGGCAGAUGAGUAGCAGCACCAGUUGUAGCAGCAGCACAACUAACAGCAGCUCCAGCGGGACCAGCAGCAGCAGCAACAGCAGCAGCAGCAGCAGCAGCAGCAGCAAGGAUGUGUGGGGUGUGAUGGAGACAUAUCGUCUCUUAGCGUUUACCUUUAACGAGGCAGCAAAGAUACAGGCGGACACGUGGGAUCCCUUGAAGACAGUUUGCUGCAGCUUUGCUGCUCUGCCUGCUGCUGCUGCUGCUGCUGCUUCUGCUGCUGUGGCGGAAGAUAUUUCCUGCUGCAGCAACAUUGUUAGUCUGUGCGUAGAGCUGCUGCUGCUGCUGCUAUCGAAGCAGCAGCAGCAGCAGGAGCAUCAGCAGCAGCAGGAGCAUCAGCAGCAGCAGGAGCAUCAGCAGCAGCAGCAGCUGGAGAACCGCUUGACAAGGGAUAGUAGCAGCCGCUCCACUAGACGCAGCAGCAGCAGUACCACCAGCAGCUGCAGCAGCAGCAGCAGCAGCAGCAGCAGCAGACUCGAGGUACAGGGGCAGCAACUUUUAUUCUUUGCUAGCCUCUUAAUGCGUGUCUUACAAGCAGCAGCUCGCCGGCUGCAGGAGCGGCAGCAGCAGCAGCAGCGACGCCGCAACCGCAGCAGCAGCAGCAGCAGCAGCAGCAGCGGCAGCAGUGCUGCUGCUGCUGCAGAUGGAUUAGAGCCUUUGCUGCUGCCUCUUGAAGCAGCAGAAGCAAAAGAGUUGCUACUCAUAGCGAGACGCCUCAAUAUGGAGGCGCAGCUUCCCGCUGCUGUGAGGCACACAGCAGCAGCACAAGGAAAAACAACAGCAGCAGCAGCAACAGCAACAGCAGCAGCAGCAGCAGCAAAUAUCAACAAGGCGACUGAGCCGCUGGAGUCACGCGAACAGCAUCAGCAACAAGAGCAGCAGCAACAAGAGCAGCAGCAGCAACAGCAGCAGCAGCAGGACCUCGGCUGUCCGCCAGCGAUGUUGCAGCGAUCUGUAUGUACACCACAGGGAGACACUCGUGACAGCUCAACCCCAGCAGCAGCAGCAGCAGAAGCAGCAGCAGCAGCAGCAGCAGCAGCGAGACGAAUGGAUGCUUUAGGGCAUAGACUCACUUGUCUGGAUGAAGCAGCAGCAGCAGCAGAGGCUAGACGUAGCAGCAGCAGCAGCAGCAGCAGCAGCAGCAGCAGGACUAGGCAUCUAGAUGAUGGGGAAAAGGAGGAGGGGGAGCAGCAGAAAAGGUAUUGGCAUCCUGCUGCUGCUGCUGCUGCACCAGCAGCAGCAGCAGCAGCAGCAGCAGACUCAGCACGCGUGCUGCGGCUGCUGUCUGAGGCCCUUAAGGAUGGACCAGGAGGAGACAGAUACGGUGUAUGGACAGCAGCAGCAACAGCAGCAGCAGAAGCAGCAGCAGCAAAAGCUGCAGCAGCAGUAGCAGCAGCAGAAACACCAGCAACUAUAGCAACAGCAGCAGCAGCAACAGCAGCAGCAGCAGCAGCAGCAGAUAGACCGCAGCAAAGAAGUCUUGGAAGACAAGCAUACAACAAGUAA